AUGGAGGGACUGUCUUACAUCUCGCAAGUCCCGUUCGUGGUCGUUGACUUGGUCAAUCUCAGCGAAGUCACGGUCGACGUCAAGAAGAAAACAGCAUGGAUCGAAGCAGGCGCAACCACCGGUGUCGUGUAUUACAGGAUCGCCGAAAAGAGCCCCACUUUGGGAUUUCCCGGGUCUCUUUGCACCACGGUCGGCGUCAGCGGGCACUACAGUGGAGGAGGCUACGGAGCACUGGUAAGAAAAUACGGCCUCGCAGCAGACAGCGUCAUAGAUGCAAGAAUCAUCGACGUCAACGGAAAAAUCCUAGACAGGAAAUCAAUGGGCGAGGAUCUGUUCUGGGCAAUCAGAGGCGGAGGAGCCGCCAGCUUCGGCAUCAUCACUGCCUGGAAGGUCCAGCUGGUGGAUGUUCCAAAAACAAUCACUGUUUUCUCAAUCAACAGGAAUGUUGAGAAACAGAACGGCACUGAACUGUGGCACCGCUGGCAAACAGUGGUGCCAUAUGCCAACAAAGACUUGUUUUUCCGUGUCAUCGUUUCCCAGGCGAACGCGUCAGUCAUAGUUAACUUCUUGUCAGUGUUCCAAGGCGGCGCGGACAGACUAGUUUCGUACAUGCAAGAAAUCUUCCCUGAGUUAGGGAUUGUGAGAAAAGACUGCACGGAAAUGAGCUGGGUCCAAUCCACCUUAUUUAGCAACCGAAUGCCGAUCAAUCCACUAGAGGCUCUCCUUAACCGGACCCGGCCCGGUCUCAGACAAUAUAAGGCCAAAUCCGAUUACGUUCGAAAACCCCUUCCUUUGAACGUGAUCAAACACAUGGUGAGCAUGCUACGUGAACCGGAAGCGGGCGAGACGACUUACUGGAUGGUGCCAUACGGAGGAAGAAUGGAAGAGAUAUCAGAAUCGGAGACUCCGUUUCCUCACAGAGGUGGUGUGCUUUACAAACUUGCUGACUUCACUUACUGGCAAGACUCUCAGGCUGCGGAUGCGGAUAGUUACAUAAGCUGGAGUCGAAGGUAUUACGAAUACAUGACUCCUUAUGUGUCGAGCUCGCCCAGGGAAGCGUAUCUCAACUACAGAGAUCUUGACCUCGGAGUUAAUAACGUUGAUGGUGAGACAAGUUAUGAACAAGCUAGCGUUUGGGGGAAGCCGUAUUACAAGGACAAUUUCGAUCGUCUUGUUCGGGUGAAAACCAUUGUUGAUCCGGAGAAUUUCUUCAGGAAUGAACAAAGCAUUCCACCAUUGUUGUAA